AUGGUGGAAGCAUAUGAGCUUCAAGAGCACAGACGACAUGACGCGGCUCACUUAGAGGCACUACAAGUCAGCUCGAGUGGUCAUCUUCCACUGGAUGUUACUUCCAUGGAUCUUGUGAAACGAAGGCUCAAGCAACGUCAUAUCCAGAUCUGUCGCACUCCUCUGACCAUUUCCCCCAAGAUCGCUGGCACCUUGGGUACGGGACUAUUUCUAGGCACCGGGGAAGCCAUCGGCACAGCUGGGCCACUUGGUGCCUUGAUUGCAUUUGCCCUUGUUGGUUCCGUAGCGUAUUCGUCAUUAUGCUCAGUCGGGGAGAUGACCUCCCUCGCCCCGAUCUCAGGAUCAUUUCCCCACUUCGCCUCUCGCUGGGUAGAUCCCGCAUUAGGAUUUGCAGUUGGUUGGUGGUUCACAUCAGUAAUUAUUUUCAGGCUCUACGUCCCUGUGGAAAUAUCUGGAGCACAAAUCUUGAUCACCUUAUGGGAUUCACAUCAUGCUGCAUCUUAUAUUGUAGCUGUCUGUAUUUUGAUAUGCGCCACGAAUAUCUUCGGUGUAGUAUACUUCGGAGAAACUGAAUUUGCGUUCUCCAUCAUAAAAUUGAUAAUGAUCACUGGUCUUAUCAUUGUUGGCCUCGUCAUUGACCUUGGCGGAGCACCAAAUCACCAGCGACUGGGUUUUCAAUACUGGAAUAACCCGGGUCUCUUUGCUGGACCUGGACUUGAACCUCGGCAUCAUGCACUUGAUCACGUCCUCGGAGUCUUGAGUGUCAUCGCUCAAACCGCGUUUUCUUACCAAGGAAUGGAGAUAGUGGCUGUUGCCGCUUCUGAAACGGAGAACCCGCGAAGGAAUAUCGCUAAAGCUGUUCGCAGAGUGUUCUAUCGAAUCCUUAUUUUCUACAUUCUCGGUGUUUUCGUCGCAGGGCUCAUCGUACCUUCAAAUGACCCUGACCUGUUAAUGGGAAGCGGCACCUCUGCACAGUCGCCAUUCGUGAUUGCGAUGCAGAAGUCAGGAAUAAGAGUGUUGCCUGCUGUAGUUAAUGCAGGCUUCAUAACCAGCGCAUUCUCCGCAGGCAACUCGUUCCUUUUCUGCUCUUCGCGCAUUCUCUAUGGUUUAGCACUUCGCAAACAAGCACCCCAUUUCCUCACUAUCUGUACGAAGAAGGGCUUGCCUAUUGUAGCAGUUCUCUGUUCGAGUGUCUUUGCCUUUUUGUCUCUCAUGAGUAUCUCGUCGGGUGCAGAAACUGUAUUCAACUGGCUUGUGCAUCUCAGUGCAAUGGGCGGUUUUUUCGGUUGGCUUUCGAUUAAUAUAACUUACAUUUUCUUCUAUCGCGGGCUAAAAUACCAAGGCAUUGACCGCAGGAAACUUCAUUACUGGAAUCCCCUACAGCCGUGGCUCUCCAUCUGGGGCUUAAUCUGGUGCAUAAUAUUUAUCCUAAUAAAUGGGUAUAGCGUAUUUUGGGAUUUUGAUAUCCCAAACUUCUUGACAUCAUAUGUGAAUAUCCCGCUAUUCAUUGGAUUAUUUCUCUUCUGGAAGAUUACACAACACACGGCGGUUUGGAAACCAGAUGAGAUGGACUUCACGACAGGUAUUCCUACCUGUGAAGAAACCGAAGCUCCUGAGAUCCCUCCGGAAGGUUUCUGGCAACACGUUGCUGCCGUGCUUUUUUGA